UUGUGGGUAAGGGACAAGAUGGCGGCACCCAUACUCAAAUGGAAGCGUGUAACAGAUACGACGGGUCCUUGUCCAAGACCACGACAUGGACAUCGAGCUGUGGCCAUCAAGGACCUGAUGGUAGUGUUUGGCGGUGGGAACGAAGGAAUUGUGGAUGAGUUGCACGUUUAUAACACAGCAACCAACCAGUGGUUUGUGCCAGCAGUCAGAGGUGACAUCCCACCAGGCUGCGCCGCCUACGGCUUCGUCUGCGAUGGCACACGCCUCUUCAUAUUUGGAGGCAUGGUGGAGUACGGCAAAUACUCCAAUGAGUUGUACGAGUUACAGGCAAGCCGUUGGGAGUGGAGACGGCUCAAGCCAAAGCCGCCCAAGAACGGCCCGUUGCCAUGUCCACGCCUUGGCCACACCUUCACUCUGCAUGGCAGCAAGGCGUAUCUCUUUGGGGGGUUGGCCAACGACAGCGAUGAUCCCAAGAACAACAUCCCUAGAUAUCUGAACGAUCUCUACUGUCUGGAGUUACGCUCCGGCUACAGCAAUAUGAUCUGGGAGGUACCGGUCACGUACGGUGCAGCGCCCCCUCCCCGCGAAUCCCAUACGUGCGUCUCCUACAUGGAAAGGAAAGGUCACCAGGGUCGACUUAUCAUUUAUGGAGGAAUGAGUGGUUGUAGGCUCGGGGAUAUGUGGCAACUUAAUUUAGAAAAUAUGACAUGGCUUAAACCGGAGCUGAAUGGUCAGAGUCCCCUGCCAAGGAGUCUCCAUUCAGCCACUGUUAUUGGACACAAGAUGUAUGUUUUUGGAGGUUGGGUCCCGCUGGUAAUGGACGAUGUGAAGGUAGCCACUCACGAGAAAGAAUGGAAGUGCACAAGCACCCUGGCUUCACUCAAUCUUGAAACGAUGACAUGGGAGCCCCUCGCGAUGGAAGUGUUUGAGGACAAUGUUCCCCGUGCCAGGGCAGGUCAUUGCUCUGUGCCGAUCCAUUCAAGACUGUACGUUUGGAGUGGGCGAGACGGGUAUCGUAAAGCGUGGAAUAAUCAGGUGUGCUGCAAAGAUUUGUGGUUUCUUGAGACGGAGAAACCUCCUGGGCCCUCUAGAGUUCAGCUUGUGCGGGCGAGCACCAACACCUUGGAGGUGUCUUGGGGCGCGGUGCCAAUCGCUGAUGCCUACCUGUUGCAGUUACAGAAGUAUGACAUGCCCCCUACUCCUUCCACUCCGUUGACAGGAACCACUAACUCCCCUCUCCGCGCAGCUGUCACAGGAGGGCAGCAGACACAAGGACGUUUGAAUCCAAAGAGUCCGAUGAUUGUUAAUACAGCCGGUAAUCCAACGGGGCUGAAACUAGCCAUGCCUGGAACAACUACGACAAAAUUAAUCGCUACCCAGCCUACGAGUGGGGGGUCAGCCCUGAGUGGCAUCGUCGCUUUAGCAGAGGCCGCAUCGGCUACCCAGAAGAUUCAACAGGGGCAGCGCGUGACCAUUGGGGUCACCCGCACCACCCCGACCACACCAACCAAAUCCAUCUUCUCCCCGCUCUCUGGUUCUGGCCUAACCAUCGUCUCCCGGGCCCUCACCACCACCUCGGGGGGCGUUGCCACCAUCACACUCCCCCAGGGGAUGAAACUGGCCACUACCGGGACCCUGGGUCAGGGGUUAAGGGUCGCGGCAGGGACGAAUAUCCUGAAGACGUUGACGGCGUCGGGGAAGCCUAUUAUAACGGUGCAGAAAUCAGGGGUUACCACUCAGAGUGUGGUCUCCGCUGUAGUGACUGGAAACUCGAAGACUAUGACUCUCGUCAAAAACACGCAAGUUCCAAAGGUGACCGUAAUGCAAACCAAACCCGUUCAGACUAUCCCGACCUCUGGCACCGUCCUAGUGAACGCGGCCGGCCAACCCAUCUCAAAGUCUGGCAUCCCGGGCACAACAAUCGUCAAGCUGAUCACAACGACUCAGGCCGGGGGUAAGCCGACUACCAUCAUCAGCCCCAGCGCGCAGCAGAUCGCCGGCACCAAGGCUCAGCCAACGAUCCUGGGAAUCAGCAGCAUCAACCAACAGGGCAAGAGCAUCAUCAAAACUAUACCCAUUGGGAGCAUGUCAAAGGUCGGGGCGGGGGGCACCAUGGCGGGCAAGGCCCCGACCAUUGUGACCGUCACUACCAAGGUGUUGGGGGGCACCACUGGUACCCCUACCAAGUAUAUCACGACCGGUGGUGGCAAGCCCAAGAUUAUGCUCACUAACCAGGCUGGACAGGUGAUCUCAGGUCUCAAGACGUCAGUCUCUGGUGGAACCUCCUCCUCCCCGAUCACCAUCAUCCGUGCCGUCAACCCCCAGACCGGUCAGAUCUCCGGACAGAGCGGUAAGACCAUUCAGAUCAUCACCAAGUCCAGCAUGCGGCCGGGGGUCACUGGUCAGCAGGGCACCACCGUCCUCAAGACCGUGACCACCACGCAGGCGGGCGGAAGCCUGGCGGCCACCUCCAGCCCUGGGGUCACCACCAAGUACAUCACCAUUCCAGUAUCGGCCGCGGGUAACCUGCUCAACCUGGCCCCGGGCACCACGGUGUCGCAGAUCGUCGCCAACACGGCUAAGAUUGCCGCUCCGGUUGUCUCACCAGGACAGGCCCCUACUACGGUAGUGGCAACCACACUCAGUAAGCCUGUACUCAGUACAAUGCCAACUGCAUCUGGAGAACCAAAAGCACCUUCAACAACGGAGGUUACAGCUUCUGCACCAACCCCGUCCUCAUCAGGCGAUGCUGCUGCCGCUGCAGCGGCGGCUCCAGCGGCGGCUCCAGCGGCGGCUCCAGCGGCGGCUCCAGCGGCGGCUCCAGUCGCUCCAAACCUUCAGGUAGAUCUUCAGCUCCACGACAUACCGAUCAACCCAAACUGCGAGAACCCACCCUGCGAGAAGUUCACCACCCCCGGGGUCGACACGCCGGCGACGCAAUCCACCGCGACGGUGGGCGGCGGGGUGUUAACGGAAACCACUCCAUCAAUGACUCAACCAAUACUGUCCACGGGAGCGCCAUCUAGCGCUGGGAUGUCGUCAAGUGAAGCGCCCUCUAGCAGCACUGUCGGGGAAGGUGGCGAUGCAGGAACGAAGGAAACGAAACCUGAAGGGGAAGACAAGAAGCCUGCCGAAGAUCCAAGUGGCGAUGCUGCCAAAGUCGAAGAGUCUGAAACGAAACCGAGCAGCUCUGAGCCAGAAACUUUGCCAGACCAAUCGGCUGAAGUAAAAAAAGACACCCCAAUGGAAACUGAGCCGAGCCAAACCGAUCAGGAGAAACCACCCACGGAAACGGAACCCUCCGCCGCACCAGAGACGCCCAAAGAUGUACCCACGCCCAUGGAGGCUGACCAAUCAGGAGUCGAUACUGCUGUUGCCAUGGAAACCGGGGAACCUGCUGUAAGCAAUGGUGAUGAGGCAGCUAAGGUUGUGGCGUCGGCCGAGAAAGGCAAAUCAGAUGUGGAUGCCAACUCCAUCGCUAUGACGAUAGCAUCGUUGGCUACUUCUGGUAUUCAGCAAGCAACAUCUACCUCCAGCCGGACAGACUCGGUCCCUAACGGACUGGACAUUGCAGAUCAAAAGGUGAAGACGGCAACACCAGUGAAAGUUACACCGGCGCCCAAGAAGGAUGUGAACCAGUGGUACGACGUUGGGAUCAUUAAAACCACCCACACAGUGGUGUCUUAUUAUUAUUUACCAUCGGAGUCUGGGCUGAAGACUGAAGAUGACAUUGAUGUGGUCAGCAUUCCAGACCACAGCUACCUGAAGAAGCAAGACCUCCAAGCAGGCACAGCCUACAAGUUCCGUGUCGCCGGUAUCAAUGCUUGUGGCAGGGGACCCUGGAGUGAGAUCUCUGCAUUCAAGACAUGCUUGCCUGGCUUCCCUGGUGCCCCGUCUGCUAUUAGAAUCAGCAAGAGUGCGGAGGGAGCGCAUCUAUCUUGGGAGGCGCCAACCAACACCGCCGGCGACAUCCUGGAGUAUUCCGUCUACCUGGCGGUACGCAGUGCCAUCGCGUCGGCCGCGACCGCCGAGCAGAAACCUCAGACCCCAGCCCAGCUGGCUUUCGUCAGGGUGUUCUGCGGCCCCAAGCCCUCGUGUGUCGUCAGCUCCACCAACUUGACGACGGCGCAUAUCGAUUACACCAGCAAGCCUGCCAUUAUCUUCAGAAUUGCUGCAAGGAAUGAGAAGGGCUAUGGUCCAGCCACUCAGGUCAGAUGGUUGCAAGACAGUCAAGCAUCAUCCAAACUAACUGCUGCUAAAAGAGCGGCGGAUGGUCAACAACAGUCGGCAGCUAAGAAGCCACGCCCAGAUGAUUCGUCUUCAGACCCCAAGCCAGCAGUCUAAAAGCUGAUCCACCUUCAAGAUAACCACUCACCGGCCGCACCCCCAGCCCUCCCUACCACCUUGUCUACCCCCAAGGGACGAUCGUCUUAUCAUCAGCUCCGACCACUAUGUCCUGUUCUUCCUCAACCACCAAGGAACAUGAUACCAGUCUGGUUUGUUUCUUUAAGAUCUUGACUUUUAAGUUCCUGAUUCUCUAAGGUUCUGCUUUUUAAAGAACCUGGGCUUUUCUCAAACCUCUGCUUGGGUUCUGUCUCUGGCUAAGGCUCUGCGCGCUGCGUACGCAGUGGAAAACGCAGCUCACCCUUUAACCUGCAUUUUUGGCUCUGCACGCAGUGCUUGGAACAACAGCAGACAGGAGCCUAAGCCAAGGUUUGAGAAAGGCCCCUGGUUCUUCAAGAUCCUGUUUCUUUAAAAAUCCAUUCAUCUAGCCCCCCCCCCCACCACCCCAACCCAACCUCCUCUAUCGCCCUCUGAAGCUUUACUGUUAAAAAAAAAGCGUAAAUAAUCUGUACAGUUUUUGAUCUCCUCGGGGCUCUUUUUUCCUUUUUUUCUGCUGACGUUGUUUGGGAUUUGGGGAAAGUCUGAGUGUUGCUAUAAUAUUGUGUUUAUUUAUAAACUGACGACAUUGUCUAGUCCCAUCUUAUCUUAGAUGACCAGAGCGUAUUUUUUUUAAACCAUAAUUUAAAUGGCUGUGGCCCCACCAGUGUACCUCAAAACCUGAACGGUAGCAGAGAGUAGCUUUUGGUCACCAGCCAAAUGACCUUGUUAUGUUAACCAUGAUUUGCCGGUUCCCAGCAUCAAGUUUGUUUACGACACAAAGUGGUAUUAUACUGAAAGGGAACCUGAUGGGAACCAGCCAUUGGCAGUUGAUCAGGACUUAGCAAAUUCACCACAUUGGUGACUGUAUGGUUUUAUUGGGGAGUGGUACCCCCUGGGAGGCCUAACCAUAUGACAUUUUUUGCUUGAUGGUUUUUAUAGCAUCGCCUCUGGUCUGAAAGUAGAUAAAUUAGACUGGUGGACCUUUAGAGUUUCCUUGUAAUAAGACUGUAAAUAAACAUUUGGUCUGUUUAGUGGUGUUAAGAGAAGCCCAAGAACAAGACUUUAUUAAUUACUGUUCAAGUUAGUGAUUUCUCUACUCCAAUAUUGCACUAGUGAGUGACUUUAUUAAGUAGGUUUUACAUCACAAUAAAUCUUGGUUUUUAGGAAUCUGUCUCUGUAUGUCUUUGAAUAGUGACCAAAGUGUUUUCCCACCAUUUUUAAGACUGGUUCUAGUUUUCACCUGUCCCCAAUUCUUCACUCCCUAAAACUGACAGCAGGGUAAAACAAUUGUACGAUAUAUAUCUUGUAUUUGAUUGUUUCUUAAAUUUGUUCUUUUUCUUUUCCAAUAUUGACCAUUUGUUGAAGACUAACAGAGGUGGAAUGCACUCCCGCAAAAUACGCGCCCGCCAUUUCCAUCAUUUUGGGAGGCAAUUGCUUUGCGAACAUUUUUAGUCCCAAUAUGGCAGGGAGGUUAAGUGCGCAGCGCGGCGUGCGAGGUGAUCAAUACUUGUGGGCAAAGGUUUUUUUCAAAAGUUUUAAGGUUGAAGAAAAGAAACCAACACGAUAUUGCUUUGAAACAACAACAAAACAAAGUGAAUUUCUAGAUGUGAAUUCAACAUCAUGAAAGAUUUCAGCAAUACGCAGUUUAAAAUAUCACACUCUGAUGAUGUAGUCCCAAUAAAUGUUCACCAUGAUGCGCUUCCGAAUUGAGAAAUAAAAUAAUGUUGUUUGGACGUUUGGAAACUAGUUCAGCUUAUUUUACCCAAAAAUAAUCUCCAUGACUAAAAGUCUACAGAGAUAUAUAUUUUUUUUUUUACUCGGCUGUUAUAUCUUUCUCAAACUUGUUAAAUAACCCUACAAUAUCCCUCAACAAUGUAUAGCAUAAUCUACGAAGGACUGCAUGAGUGCCAACUAAAAAGAAAUCUAGAUUUAUAUCUUUGUAAUUUUUAGGUGGGAAAAGUAUGAGAGGCGGAAGAAUUGGGCAGGUAGUCAUUUUUGGUAUAAAAAAAAAACGAAUUACAACUUUGUACAAUAGUUUGUGUUCAUUUUGUGUGUUUGGUCUGUGUGCAUGCUGUUAUGUUUGCAACUGUAAUGUUACCUCCGGACAUUAUUUACUUCCGAAAUAUUUUGUAAUAGUCAUUAAGAAUGAUAGUUAGAACUGCGGGCCCGAUUUAGUCUGAUGUUACGUAUGUAUUGAAUUGAAGUAAUUUCAGGAAGUUUUCAUUUUCGUAUGGUGUGGGAAUUGGGUUGGUACAACUUUGGUAAAGGUUUAACUUGGCCUCAAAAAGACUCCUGUUAGUGUAGAUCUGUUUCCAAUGACAGAUAAAAAAAGUGUCAACAGUUUGUUAUUUAGAAAGUUAAAGAGGCAGAGAACUUUUGAAAAAAUUGAACAAACUUGAAGACCUUUUUGUUAUACAGCUGUUUCGAGUGACAAUUGUUUUAAAAACAAAAUUUCUUUACAUGAAUAUUUCAAAACCGUGAAGUUUUAAAACAAUACUUUUACUUGCAGCUACCUAUUCACAGAACUAGGGGCGGUAUGGGCGGCGAUUGACAACCUCACAAUGGUCCUGGUUCGAUUCCUGGCUAAGGCCAUAUCAAAGCAGAAAACUACCCUAUACCAUCAGGUUUUUGUCCCCUAAACCUUCCAGUUUGUCUCUGUAAAUAAAUCAAAUACUUCCGACUGCUGGCUGUUCUCUGUGGUCAAUGGACGAUGUGGUUGGCUGCCAAGGGCGCCCUCGCAUGCCUGCAGCUCAAACACGCUGCAGCCGAGUCUUUCGCAAUUUUAAACUCUCUGCUGUAAGGUUGAUGAUUAGCCUUCUCAAAAUAUUUUUUGAUAAAACAAUUACACAUGGAUUAUUCUCUGAAACAUCAGUUGAAAAGAUCUGACAAUUGUUGUAAUGUCAAUUAAAUUGAGGUCAAAGAACUGCAAGCGUCAGAGUUGUACUUGCAUAUUUGCAUUAUAUCUUGGUUAUACAUGUCUGAAAGGCCAGUUUGGGUUGUUUAUUAAUAUUUAUUUUCUUUUACUUUUUCUUUUAAAUUUUGUUGUUUGAGCUCGUGGUGAACACUGAUAAAAAUCACACGUCAGAAUCUGCACUUUCCUUGUAACUCAUCGCUAACCUUAGUCACAAGAAAAUAGUGAAAAUCCCAACCACUGGUUUCAAGCAUUAUGUUCUUGUUCUUGACUUGCAAGUUUAUUAAUUAAAUGUCUUACACAUUUCUCAAAACUUUAGCCUUUCCGGCGGAAAUAUUUAAAGGGAAGUUUUCUGCCACGACCAUCUUUAUGCCGUGGGAGUUUUGUGUAAUUCUGUAAACAAUUAUUUUUUGCAAUCUUACCAAAGUUGUGCACUCCCUUCAAAUUUAUUUUUUUCACUGAAACUGUUCCCUUUAUGUUGAGUGUUACUAAAUGUCCCAAAUGUUGAAAUUGAAAAAGAAGAAAACUGUACAGGAAGUGUUAAUUUAAGUUUUCUGUCAAUAAAUUUUUUGAGUGUACAAACGAAUAUGAAUUAUAAAAAUAAAUAAAAUACGAUGUACAUGGUAGGUGUGGGAAAAAAUUGUUUAGUUUAUCGUUCCCCCUUUUUUUAACAGGGGCAAGGUUUUGUCGUUAAAAUAAUCCCCCAACGUUAACAAAGCUUUUUAAUAAAACACAAAAAAAUACAAACAUUUCUAUGGCUUGACCCUGUGUCGGCAGAACUGUAAAUAUUUCCUCUGUUUUUUUUUCUGAUAUAGUUUGUAGAUUCAUUAAUUAAUCGUUUUUUGGGUUUCAUUUUGGAUGACUUAAAAAAGAAAACGAGAAGAGAAAAAAAAGAGGGAAAAAACACGAAUUUUUGAAUGAUGUAGUUUAGAAUUACACAUGUAUGUGUCAAACAUGUCGAGUCUAUCAGUUUUAGAUGAGAUUUGCUGCACGUUUCUUUCUCCAUAGCAGUGGGUCCAGGCAUAGACUUAACGAUUAAACUUAUGGUAGUUUUGUAUUUAUUUUUGUUCCUGCUUUUUUUUCUUCUUUUUUUUCAAUUUUUUUUUUUCAGGGGGGGUCAGGUACCAGACUCCUCACUGAGUUGAGAUUGUACAGUGUUUGGUCAGUUUACUUUGUUGGAUUGGAUGCUGUUUGACAUUGAACAGACAUUAUUAACACAUAGUUGGCACCACAGGAACAUGUAGCAGCGAAACAUUGUCUUGAAACUGAAAUGCAGCCAUGCUUGUUCCGGAGUAUUGGCUCAAAUUGAGCAAUCGUCCGUCGUUAAAAAAAUACCAUUUAGAGAAUGCUUCCAUACUUGUUUAGACUCAAUUGUGUAGAAAUACAAAACCUGUGCCAUUUGUAGCUCAUUCAUUUUCUGUUGUUAAGGAAUCUAUAAAGUGUCUUCAAAUGUGUCAGUAUUCCUUCUUUAAAAUACAAACAAACUCACAAUUCUUGGGUAUUUUCUCCUAGAGAUGACGUCUUUGUCAGGCGAAGUGGCGAUGAUCAUAACCCUACAUUUCCCCGCGGGUCAAGGGUUGUGGAGUUAUGAUAUUUCCAACUAUGCCUGGCAGAUGACUUCUCUUGAUGUUUGUGUCAACACAUCUUCUUCUUGGUUCUAAUUUUUGAUACACCUUUGGGCAUCUUAUUUAUGCCGUAUUUAUUUCAGUAUCUCAGAUGAAACUAGGGCCCAAUUUCAUAAAGCCUGUAAGCACAAAAACCUUGCUUAGCUCAGACAGUAACAAAACCAGAUUACCAGUAAAAAUAACAUUAACUUUACAUUGUUGUGACUGGUGCCCCGCUCAAAUUUUGUUCAGCAGUAUUUUCUGCUGAACAGCUUUAUGAAAUUGGGCCUUUUUGUUAAGUUAAUGUUAGGGUUUACAAUGACUGUACACUAGCUUGAGUUGUGUGUUACAGAGAAGGCUUUACUUUUUGUUUACAUAAAUCAGACUGAACUGGGUAGUGAGACAUAUUCUCAGUCAUAAGUAAAUGCUCAAUUUGAAUUCCUCGGACUGUCCAGUGCUGUUUUGUCACAAGUUUAGUGGCAAGCUUUUGCAUAGAUA